GCUCGUACGUCGUACACAUACGGGAUAGUGGAGAAGAAGUUGGUUGGUAGACCGUAUUCAAUCGUUUCGUGUUGAGUAUCGUAGCGUUGACCCCCACCCCUCCCCGCCCCCUAUAUGUUAAGGUGCUGGUACUACAGGGUAAAGGGUGGAGGAUACUAGUUCCAUUCUGUGCGUCUCGGGUUCAGCCACCAAAGGAAGCUGCUGUGGAAGAGGUGUGUAUGAAGAAGGGGUGGUUUGCUCCCAACCGAUUUGGAAAGAGAGUGGCGGAGAGUGAGAAGAGUGUGUGUCCAACGCAGAAAAAAAAGCUCCGCAGUCUUUCUUUAUCCACAACUGCAAUUUCCAUAUUUUGGUAAAAUUAUCACACCAGUCAGUGUUUAGUGGAAGUGUUACUCGCGGGAUGGUGUGAAUUAGGAAACGAUAUCGAAGAGCUGGAGGAGGCCAAGAGGCCAAGAAGAAUGAUGGCAGUAAAUGGUCGUGAAUAGAUGUUUGUAUACAUCGCCGUCAUCAUCAGAAGAAAUUGAAGGCAGAAAAAUGUGUAUCGAAAUGAUGGCUCUGGGUGAGAGAGCGAAAAAGGAGUGGUGGCAGCAGAAGUGAAGUUUUUGGAGGCAGAAAUACUGAAGAAGCAGUAGUGGUGCUACUGGAGAAGAAUCAGGAAGAAAAGAGAAUGCUAAGUGAAGUAUAUACUAAGAACGUCGGGCAAAGUGUGGGGCAGCAGACAGGAGAAGAACCGAAGAGAAAACGGUGAAUGUGAUGGGAGAGGAAAAAUCAUCUUAAAAUUUAUGGAAGAUUUGCUGUCAAAGUAUGGAAGAAUGAAGCGAGAGAUCAAAUGAUGGAGAGUGGAAGAAUGUGAAAAAAGUUUGAAUUUCGACAGAAGAAAUUGGAGUUUUGUAAAUGAAGUCUCCCAUAUGUGUGCAAGAGCCCAUCUGAGUUCUGGGCCAAGUGUGCUGCAGGUAUCAAUUAGAAAAUAGUGAUAAUGCUGGAGAAGGUGCUUCAUUCAUCAACCACAGUGCAGUGGAAGCAGCACUGAUCGACAGCAGCUGAAUUAUUGUUGGAGUUGUCGACAAGAAGAAGGUGCACUUCGAGUCGGAUUGUGGAAUGGAGUGGUAGUGAGGCUAUCGAUAAAUAUACACUCGCACACACACGGGAGUAGAGGAGUUGAAGCAGCCGAAAGAAACAACAUUGCAGCCAGUCAGAUUGCCGAUGGAGCCGAAUAUAAGCAUAGACCGCAAACCAACGACGGUGGCAGCUAAUCGACGCCGAAUCUGAAGUGAACCGCUCUAAACGACAACAACAACAACAACAACAACAACUACACAAACGCACCGAAAUCCAAUCCACGGAGUUUAAUCCGUGUACGAAAAAGGAAACGCCGGAAAAAGUGUCGGUGCUUGGCCGCCAGGCUCUGCCUACUCGUGCGAACGAGCGAGUGUGUGCUUGAGGAGAUGGUGGUGAUGAGAUAAGCCUAUAUUGAAUGAUCCGAUCGACGCUAAUUAGUUUCGGGAAAAGUUUUUCCCCAUAGCUCUCCCCCCGCAGGAGUCAAAAGGAUGAGAAAACGGGGAAAAGUGAAGUUCAAAUCGAUUUUGCUGUGCGAGUGAAUCCGGUUUUUCUGCAAAAUUCAAAGUUGUUCUAGUGCCAAAUCUGCGUGUGUGAGCUUCCGUGGAAAGCAAUUUAGCAACGCAUAAAAAAAAAUUGUGAAUUUUUUUUCUACGACGACUUUUUUCUUCUUUUGGAUGUUUUAUACCAUAGGUAGCUGUAUAGAGGCAAAAAGCAUCAAACUUGGCCAUUGAAUUUUCCAUCGAUAUGCAUUAGCAGUUUAUUGCGCCCCGAGAGUGUUUGUGGAGUACCUACCAGUGUUAAGCGAGAAAUAAGAAAUAAAAAACCCGCAACGGUAGACGGCAGCAGCUGAGAGGCGUACAAAAAUAGCAAAUAAAAGUGGAAGUGAAGAAAGAGAGGAGGCAGAAAAAAGUGAAAUAAAUUUACAUAAAUGCAAUUAAGGUGCAGUGAUGUGUGCUUAUCCGUUGGCCGGUUGAUAAAUGUCUAGCUGAAUAGAGUAGACAAGCAACUGCAAUAGCAGCAGCGGCCGGAAAAGCUUCCCCGCACACCGCCUACCAGUCACCUAAUUGCGUUGUCGUCGUCGUCGUCGUCGUCGUUGUGCUCUUCCGUCGUCGUAAUCGCAGCAGCAGUUAUUACCAUUUUCCAAUAAUAGUUAUACCUACCCACAUGUAUUAUAGUAGUAUAUUCGAGUGAGCCAUCCCUCCGGAAGAAAGAAAGGAAGUUUAGACAUAGGAAAGCAAAAAAAAAGCAGAAGAAAAAGAAGAACAUAAGAUGUCCUUCAAUGGAAGAGAUCUGAUGAAACAGCCACCGCCGGAGUACAACCAUCAGAGUGUACUCACGAUGCAGAAAUCGGUGACAAUCACGGUGACGCCGCAGCGGAGCAAUUCGAUGGAUUUGCUCAACUUUGAGGAAAAGCGACAGCUGAUUGCAUCGUCGUUGUCGCUGUCGGACAUUUUGCACGUCAGUCCGGCGGCGGCCCACGUGGCCAAGGAGGUGGCCGCCAGUACCGUCAUUGCUUCCAAGAAACAGAACGGUGCCACCCUGCGUUCCAAUAGUCUCAAUUCCGGCUCCCGGACGCCACCGCUGGAGCGGAAGAGCAAGUUCAGCGCCUUCGGACGCUUCUUCAAACCGUGGAAAUGGCGGAGAAAAAAGAAAAGCGAAAAGUUCGAGUCCACCUCCAAGUCUUUAGAACGUAAAAUAUCAGUACGUGCCAAUCGCGAAGAACUUGUACAAAAAGGCAUUCUGCUGCCCGAGAGUCCAACGUCGGCGCUGUCCAUAGCUGCCAUUUGUAUCAGUCCCACGGAUUCGGUGACGUGGUCAACAUCAUCCCAUAGACAGCUACAAACCUUCCAUCAGCCGAACCACUAUCGAAGCCAAAACGAAGAACAAUAUACCAUCUACAACUCAGUGAACGGAACCAAUGCAUCCGUCCUGCCAAACCUAGCCAACACUUCGGCAUCAUCGUUAGCGUCAGCAUCAGCAGUAGUACCAAAUACUAGCAUAACCAACAAUGUGCCUUUAUCACAAUCGGCUCAACAGAUUAGCAGCAGUGCUGCGCUCAGCAACAACAGUAGUAGCAACAACAACAACAACAACAACAACAUCAAUAACAACAACAACAGCAACAACAACAACAACAACAGCAGCAACAAUAACAACAACAUCAAUAAUAGCAUCAAUAGUAGUAGUAGUGGCGGUCCGCUGAGUUUAUCGGCCAUCCUAUCCGGAUCGCUCGGACCAUCGCAACCCAGUGGGCCCGGGAGUGGUGGUAACAAUUCGGUUAUCGGUGCAAAUAUGAUAAGCGGUGGUACCGCCGGUCAAGCCUUGGCCAGCAUACUGACCGGCAGUAGCGGCACCAGUAUAGGUGGUGGUUCCGGAAUGGUUGCCGGAGGUGCACUGUCACAUUCACAGUCGGCGCAUCAGAUAGGGGUGAACCCGAUGUCCCAGCAUCAGGCCCUUCAGCAGCAGCUGCAGCAGCACUUUGCCAACGUUGCCAACAGCGGUAGCAGUAGUUUAGAGCCAAGGAAAGAAAAGACUGACGCCCACAGUAGUGCGAAUGGAUCGUGCGUGGAACAGUCGCUGCAUCCAUCGGCCACCAGCGGUGGCGGCGGUCCAGCGACGAUCGAAGGUGGCAUGCACCCACCGCUGACACAUCCUAAACCAGAACGGCCCAAUUCCCUUGGGCCUUCGAAGCUGUCCCGCCGGGUACUCUGCUACCACAGCGAUGGUUUUCAAGAUAAUCAACGGAAAACCCCACCACCAGCCGACAGUCAAUCCAAUCAGCACCAUCCGACGCUACAACAGCAGCAGCAACAGUCUGCCCUGGCAGCAGCUGCGGCAGCCGCUGCUCAGCACCACCAGCAGCAGCAGCAGCAACACCAACAAUCCCAACUGCCAUCGCAGGCAGCACUAUCGGCUGCGGCAGCCGCCGUCGCACAGCAACACCAGCAGGCACUCCAACAGGCCCACCACCAGCAGCAUGGCGGCCAUCAGCACCACCAUCACCAUCCGAAUCACAUCAUGCUGUCGGAGCUGCCGGAACCGCCGAUCCCGGUGUCCGAGAUUGGCCCCAUCCCGCCGCCGCCAAUGUUUUCAACACCAAGUCCCACCCUAAUCGGGGGACGGCCGCAUCAGCAGCAGCAGCAACAUCAACAUCAGCAGCACCACCACCACCAGCAGCAGAUGCAGCAUCAACACCAGCAGCACCAGCAUCAGCAUCAGCAUCAGCAUCAACAGCAGCAUGGCCCGAAUGUGCAUUCCACUACUACUACUAGUACCGGUAGCAAUAAUAGUAUUAGCGCGAGUAAUAUUAUACCGUUAGAUAUGAAUGAUUACGAUUACGACGAUCAUGAAAACAAUGAUCACGAUGAACUCGACUCGGACGAGGAGUACAUGUACACAAUGUCGCAACCAAAUCCCAACAUCGAUACCAACCGUAUCGAUGAGAUCCCUGCGAAGGAGCCCAAAUUCAACGCAGUGCCAUUGAAAUCAGCUUUAAAGAAGAAGAGUUCCAACCCGGGAACGCCCACCCAGGACAACCGGACGCUAACGGUGCGCUACGACAACAAUCCAACAGCGACGAUCAAGCCAGUUUUACGACCACGGAUUAGAAUAUGCGCGCGGCCGAUGCGUUUCCAGAUUGGCCUACCGAGUACGAUCGAGAACAAGGAAAACACCCGACCGUACGUGAUCCGCGAGGGGGACAACGACGACCAUAACGAUGGACCGAUCUGCUACCGGGAGGACGACGCCGAUCGGGCGGCCAAGAUUGCCCGCAAGGAGAGCCUCUCGAUCAAGCUGGCGCUGCGGCCCGACCGGCAGGAGCUCAUCAAUCGCAACAUUCUGCAGAUUCAGUCGGACAACGAAAAGCAAGAAUCGAAGGAGGCCAUCGGCGCACGGUUGAUCCGGCGACUGUCGAUGCGGCCUACCGCGGAGGAACUGGUCGAGAGGAACAUCCUGAAGACACAAUCCCCCGCGGAAGAGAAGAAACAAAAGGAGGAAAAGAAACGCUACCUGUUGCGAAAGCUGAGCUUCCGGCCCACCGUAGACGAGCUGAAGGAGAAGAAAAUCAUUCGCUUCAACGACUACAUCGAGGUGACGCAGGCACACGACUACGACCGACGGGCGGAUAAACCGUGGACGCGACUCACCCCCAAGGAUAAGGCCGCCAUCCGUAAGGAACUGAACGAAUUCAAAAGCUCCGAGAUGGCCGUGCACGAAGGCAGUCGACAUCUUACCAGGUUUCAUAGGCCAUGACAGCUGCAAUGCAGGAUCAAGCAGAGACAUUUUGCCGUUCAUUACUUUACCUUUCUCAUUAAGAAUUACUACAACAAACAUUUGAUUGUGUACAUAUAAAACAAUUGACAUUCAUCAGGAAAAUUAGUAACAGCAGCAACUCAUAUAUAGAAGCAAACACAUCAUCCAUUAUCUCACACAAUUGGUAAAUGCUGAUGGAGGCAAAAGUGGAAAACCGAACGAGUUUUCAUCAUUUCCUGCAUUCCCCGGUCUCCCAGGACGAGCGCAGCAGGCAUGUGGAGGUAAGGUACUUCCAACGGAGGGAAGCUGCUGAAAGUGUCUAUUUUUAGAACCCCGACCCCCUCCCCUCCACCAAACAAAACAAUUCCAUUUUCUUGGACCUUAUCCACCCUAAAACUCAUAAAGGACCCUAGACGUUUUGAAGGAAAAUUAAAUAAAAAACACGAAACAAACAAAACACUCACACAUCGCAGCAUAAUACAACAACUACAGCAACACAACAACAGCAAAUUAUACCAGUUCGAUUGUAGUUUACCAAGAAAACAAAACAAAAAAACGAAACGUUAAAUCAGUAACAACAAGUAAAUGCGCAGCAAAGGCAA